GCAUCUCAAGCAGUUCCCAUGAAAAUGCGCUGCCUCUCUAGCCCUCUAUACGUGAUGACAUACUCAACCGGACAUCGGUUAGGUAAUGGAGAUACUCGCGCUAGACAUUGAAAGGCAGGUGUACGCCAGACGCGACACCGUCCUACACUAACAAUAUUUCCUCGCGCUUCAUUCAUGUCUUCCAUAAUCGGGCCUCAACCUUAACGCAGUUCUCCUCUCAAGCUCUAGAACGAACGAAGCCAUCAGCAUAGUAUCUCGGGUUUUCGCCGCUCCCGUCCCAUUCGAUUUACACGUUAUAUAGCAGACUCAGCCAAGUCAUGGUACAUGCCACGGAGGAUACGAAUGCGAAGCCACAAGAUGCGACAAUAUCCUUGACGCAGAGCGCUAUUAUCAAUGAUGGAGCGAAAACUUUGUCUGAGAACGACGUAGUCAUCAGCUACCGCGGUGGCAUCAUCGAAAAUAGACACAGCGUACACGCGGUCGUUGUCGACGCAUCUGGCAAACCACUCUACACAGUCGGUGACUACAAGAGAAUGACCCUUGCGCGAUCAUCAACAAAGCCGAUCCAGACUCUUGCGAUCUUGGAGACAGGGGCUGCAGAGAGAUUCGAUUACGAUGACGCCGAUGUAGCCCUCAUGUGUGCUUCGCAUAGUAGCGAACCUCGACACAUCGAGCGAGCGAGAGCGAUGCUAAAGAAGACGGGAGAGAAAGAGGAGGUGCUAACAUGUGGUGGACACCCCGCUCAGAACCCUGCUGUGAAUCGCGCAUGGAUCAAAGAAGACUACACGCCGACUGCUAUUUGCAACAAUUGCUCGGGGAAACAUGUCGGUAUGGUAGCAGGUGCGGUGUGUCUGGGCGCUACGGCUCACGACUACUAUCUACAUGAGCAUCCCAUGCAGCAGCGCGUGUACCGAGCUGUUGAGGAUGUAAGCGGACUCACGAAGAAAGAGGUGCUAUGGACUGUCGACGGAUGCAACCUCCCCACGCCGGCGAUGCCUCUUCCAAACCUUGCGCUCAUGUUUGCAAGGCUUGCGGAUGCCGCUGACCUUUCCGACGAUCCUACCAAGACCACACUCGAUCAGAGAACACGAUAUUUAGCUCUGAUCCACAAGUGCAUGGCCAGCUACCCCGGACUGGUUGCUGGCGAAGGUCGCUUCGAUACAGCGCUCAUGACGCCUUAUAGUGGACAAGUUGUCGGCAAGAUCGGAGCGGAUGCCUGUUAUGCAGUCGCAGUGCGUGCGUCACCCGACGCUAAUCUGGCUGGGAUAAAUCAUGGUGCUAUAGGAAUUGCUGUCAAGGUGGAAGAUGGCAAUCUCGAUGUUUUGUAUGCUGCCGUCAUGGAGAUUCUGGAACAGCUGAACAUCGGUUCAAGCGAAGUGAGACGGUCAUUGGAUGGUUGGCGAUACCCGAAGAUCGUCAACACUGCAGGUGCUGUCACGGGUGGUUACGAACAUUGCUUCAAGGUGCGAAGCGCUGCAAGCGUGGCGUAGCGAUGGCGUAGCUGAUGUUAUCCCGAGAGGAGGACGUACACAGCAAACUUGAAGCGAUUCGCUGCCUACCGAUACACUUUAGAAGUACUUGGAAGUCAAGCAUGGUUUAUUUUUAUCAAAGUAUAGGAAAACUAUCGAUGC